AAUGACAAUGAUAGUGGUUGCAAUGACGAUGAUAGUGAUCGCUAUGACGAUGAUAGUGAUUGCAAUGACGAAGAUAGUGAUCGCUAUGACGAUGAUAGUGAUCGCUAUGACGAUGAUAGUGAUAGCUAUGACGAUGAUAGUGAUCGCAAUGACGAUGAUAGUGAACGCAGUGACGAUGAUAGUGAUCACGAUGACAAUGAUAGUGAUUGCAAUGACGAUGAUAGUGAUCGCAAUGACGACGAUAGUGAUUGCAAUGACGAUGAUAGUGAUCGCUAUGAUGAUGAUAGUGGUUGCAAUGACGAUGAUAGUGGUCGCAAUGACGAUGAUAGUGAUUGCAAUGACGAUGAUAGUGAUCGCUAUGACGAUGAUAGUGAUUGCAAUGACGAUGAUAGUGAUCGCUAUGACGAUGAUAGUGAUCGCAAUGACGAUGAUAGUGAUCGCUAUGACGAUGAUAGUGAUCGCAAUGACGAUGAUAGUGAUCGCUAUGACGAUGAUAGUGGUCGCAAUGACGAUGAUAGUGGUCGCAAUGACGAUGAUAGUGAUCGCUAUGACGAUGAUAGUGGUCGCAAUGAUGAUGAUAGUGGUCGCAAUGAUGAUGAUAGUGAUUGCAAUGACGAUGAUAGUGAUCGCUAUGACGAUGAUAGUGAUCGCUAUGACGAUUCUAGUGUUCGCAAAAAAGCCCAGCUCCAUUUCGGCUUAUUUAAUAAGUUGUAAAAGAUUUGGUGCCUAUGGCUCGAAGGUUAAUCUGCUUCUCAAAAGAAGCUUGAAGAUAACUAAAGGCAGAAAUGGAAGAAAAAGUUUUAUUUUGCAACAGAUGAACUUAGGAAUAUUACGCAAGCAAACAUUG